UUUUUUUCCAUAUAGUAUACCUGCGCAACGACAACGUAACGAUACCGACACUGUCGUUACGAGUUACAGAAUAGGGGUCCUGGUCUUCCUGGCGGCUUUCUCGCUAUUUCGCGCUUCUACGUGCUUCUGCGUCGGAGAAUAUUACGCUUGGACGUAAUAUAUUUACAUUAGUUGGCCGUAAUUGACAACGUACGUAUUGGCACGACCGUUAAUAACUUUUGUCGUCGAGAAGAAAAUUUGAAGGUUUUUACUCGAGAUCGCACAUUUUAUAAACGAUUCAACUUAACCUAACCUAUUGUUCUGAUUGUGAGAACUCGAAGGAUUCGAGCUGGCUUGUCACGCCUAUACAUUGCCAAAGGUAAACCUAUUGUUCUGAUUGUGAGAACUCGAAGGAUUCGAGCUGGCUCGUCACGCCUAUACGUUGCCACAGUCUCAAUUGUGCUAUACGGAUAUUGUGCGAUCCCCGAAAUUGCUACAGAAACAACGCUUAUGCUAAAGAAUUGCUGAUUUAUUUUGUACAGCAAUUUAAGACGUUGUAUGGGGAGCAAUAUGUUGUGAGUAACAUUCACUCUCUUAUUCAUUUAAAUGAAGAUGUAAAGAUGUACGGUCCAUUAGAUUCAUACAGUACUUUUGAUUUUGAAAAUCAUAUGCAAGUGUUGAAGCGAAUGAUACGAAAACACGCUAAUCUUUUGCAACAAAUUCAUCGACGACUAAUCGAAAAGUACAGUUACGAUCAACAUCCUCAAUAUAAGAAGAAUCAGAAGAUUUUGAAGCAUCCUAUACUCAAGAAGCCAAUUGUGUCAGAACUUCCUUUGGGUUGCCACAGCGAGCACCGAAUUCUACAAAUCCGCAUGUUUGAAUUAUCAAAUAAAAGACCAGACAACUGUUGCUUCCUGACUGAUGCAACUAUCGUGAUGAUUAAGCACAUUGGAUUAAUGGAAAAUAAGAUUGUUGUUCUUGGUAAUAAAUUUCUAAACAGAUCUGAUAUUUUACAUUAUCCGUGUCCCUCAAGUAACAUGAAUAUAUACAAAGUUGAAAAUCUGUCACCUUUACAAAUGUAGCCUGUACAAUGCAUUGAUCGUAAAGGAUUUUUAAUGACAAUCGAGAACAUUACUUACGCCAUGCCUCUUUUACAAGAUUGAUAUGAGGUGAUGUGGAAUCAUACUUUGCAGAUGCAGACUUUGUAGUAUUUUUUGACGACUUUUGUAAUCUCGUACCAGAAAAUUGGAUAGAUUUAGAAUCAAACAAAGUUUUUUGGCCUCCAAAACAGGUCAAAUUUAAUAAAAACAAAAUGCAUUAUCUACAUCCAAAAGAUGACUGGCUUAUAUACGAAUGCCGUAAACGUUUGGGACCUUUUGAGUCUUUUCAAUUAGCUAAUCAAGUAGAAGAGCAUUGUAUGAACGUAUCUACAAAUGAAGAUACUGAUGACGUGUGACAAAGCUAUUAAUAAGGCAUCUGAGGCACAAAAGAUACGAAAUAGGAGAAAGCCAGCAUGGCUUCGGAACAAAACGUUGGCGUCGGAAGAAGAAGUAGAAGAAGAAGUAGAAGAAGAGGAAGAAAAGGAAGAGGAGGAGGAGGAAGAAGAAGAAGAAGUAACCGAAGAGAUAUGUAAAAGAGAUGGUACUGUAAACUCGUUCGUGUUACCACCAUCUAAUUAUCAGUCUACAAAUUCGAAUAAAUGUGAACUCUCUCCAGUAAAUGCAAAAUCGACAACCGUUAACUUUCCUUUGCAAACUGUUGAAGAAUUCGAAGAAUUUGAACGAAAUCUUGUCGAGUCCUUGAAAGUACAAAAAUUCUACAUUAAUGAGAUAAAAAUGAUCGGAGGAUCUGAUGCAGGCAAAUUCACCAGAGCCACAUUGCGCUUCUUAAUGUCGAAUCAGCUAGCAAUAAAGUAUUCUUGGUCCGGUCAAAGAAACACAUUAAAAUUUCAAACUACUCGAAUUUCUCAACUCAUUGUCGAAACCAUCUCGAAAAUGAAGAACGUUCCUAAGAACGACAUUGGGAUAUUUGUUAAGAAGUGGCUGCAGCACGCUAGUGACCGGAUAAAAAAAAAGACCUAGAUUAUAUUAUAGGUAGAUUCAGGAAACACAUUUUUGGCGCUAUUUUCAACUUUUAUCUCGCUCGAUUUGUACAAGCGAUGCAAGUAGAACAAAUCAGUCACGAAAAUGUCAAAAUGACAUCAUUUUGUAAUCAUUUUUUACGCGUCAUCGUGACGUCAAAAUGGCCCGUUAGGAGCAUAUAAUCUUGACAUCAUCUUGACAUCAAGGUGACGUAAAAAUGACCUUUUUUUACAAAGCAGGUAUAAUUGAUGUUAUACAUUAGAAGUGUGGAUUGGAGUAAUAUUAAAUAAGCAUAAUAGAGAACAACAUGUAAGGAAUAUAUAAUUACAUGUGAGACUUCUUUAUUAUAUAAAAAUAUGUCUUACAGAGACGAAGCUAUUCUAAACCUUAAGAAAAAUUAAAUACUAAGGCAUGGUUGCAUCAACGUCGCAUAACUUUAACCUUAGCUUAAUUCACUUUACUCUUCGUCUGUUUCUAAGGAAAACAGUUAGACUAACUGUUCCCCUUAGAAAGAGACGAAAAUUGAGUUGAACUGAGGUUAUGCGACAUUGGUGCAUUUCGGCUUAAUACAAUUUGAUAAAAAAACAUAAAACAUAAAACAAAAUAAUCUUUGGUAAUUAUUGAAGAUUUUAAGAACAAUUAAAUGUACUAAAUACGUGUACUAAAAUGUA